AUGUCUAUUCCGGAACCAAGAACCACAACUGCUACCAACGGCAACAGUACCAACGCCGUAAGCCAAGGCAACGUCAGCCAAGUGCCGGGAAGCAACCGCAGCAGUGUGGACCGAUUUGCACGAGCACCAGCCUCCGAGGGUCCUUACUUUGCCGGUGCGCGGAUGCCAGAGAGAUCGGCACACCUCACAGGGCUAUCAAGUCAACUCAAUGCCAUGGAGGAGAUCCUGAAGACUGGAAGUUAG